AUGGCUUCCUCCUCUUCCCAGCCGGCCGACGCUCUUCUUGACUCUGAUCUCUCAUUCUCACAACCUCCAUUCUCCACUCAACUUGAUCCCCGUAUCCUCGCUGCUCUAGCAGAUCUGAAAUUCGCACAUCCAACUUUGGUACAGGCAAAGGCUAUUCCACUUCUUCUGGAAGGAAAGGAUGUGCUGGCUCGAGCAAGGACAGGUAGUGGUAAGACAGCAGCAUACGUUGUACCUGCUAUUCAAAGAAUACUAGAAGCAAAAGCAAACACAUCUCCUGCUUCGCCGGAAUACCAAACUACCCGAGUGGUCUUCAUGGUUCCUACCAAAGAGCUCGCUAUGCAAGUUGCUUCAUUUGUGAGAGGUGCUACCAAGUACUGUGAAGGUUUGAUAGGCUGUGUCAAUGUCGCUGCGGGAGGUACAAGCAUCCAACGUGUAUUGCUAAAUGAUAAUCCCGAUGUGAUAAUCUCAACACCCACAAAACUUCUAUCCCUCCUUCAAGCUAAGACUGUGUCGCUAUCCCACUUGACAUUCCUCGCUAUUGAUGAAGCGGACUUGCUAUUAUCUUAUGGAUUUAAAGAUGAUUUGACAAGAAUCAUGGAUCCAACUUCAGGAUGGAUUCCCAGAUUAGGUGUUCAAGGUUGUCUGAUGAGUGCUACUUUAAGCGAAGACAUUGAAGGUGUAAAAGGCUUAGUUUUGAGAAAUCCUGCCAUUUUGACACUAUCCGAACCUGCUACUUCAUCGUCACUACUCACACAACAUUUCACUCUCACAUCUGAACGAGACAAGUUUCUGCUCAUCUACGUACUCUUGAAGUUGAAACUUAUCAGAGGAAAAUCAAUCAUCUUUGUCAACGAUGUGGAAAGAGGAUACAGAGUCAAACUAUUUUUGGAACAAUUCGGUGUCAAGUGUUGUGUGGUCAACAGUGAAUUACCCUUGGCAAGUAGGUAUCACGUUGUGGAAGAGUUCAACCGAGGGGUAUACGAUGUAGUAGUUGCCACCGAUGAGGGAGCUGGGGCUGAUGCUGAAGAAACUAUUCCUGAUCAAGAGGAAGGGGAAGAAGAAGCAGAAGCAGAAGAGGAAGAGAACGUCGGAGAACAUCAGGAGGAGGAAAAGAAAAACGCAGAAGCUGGACCAUCCAAAAAACGUGCCUCUUCACCGAGCACUAGCAAACCAUCCAAGAAGCGUAAGGGCGAUCCCUCCUCAUCUCUAGCUCGAGGAAUCGAUUUCACAGCCGCGUCAUCAGUAAUCAACUUUGAUUUACCAUCGACCUCAACAUCCUAUAUGCACCGAGUGGGAAGAACAGCUCGAGCUGGACAUUCAGGUUUAGCUCUGUCAUUCGUAGUACCAAAAGCCAAAUGGGGCAAAGAUAGAGUAGUAUCUAUCAAAUCAGCACAGAAGGAUGAAGUUGUUUGGGAGAAAAUUAAGGAAAGAGUGAAGAAAGAUAGUGGAAGUGAAAUUAAAGAAUGGGAUUGGGGAGGUAGGAAAGGCGAGAUUGAAGGUUUCAGAUAUAGGAUGGAAGAUGCCUUGAAAGCUAUCACUGGUAAAAGAGUUGCUGAAGCUAGGAGAGAAGAAGUCAGAAGGGAAUUACUAAAUAGUGAAAAGUUAAAGGCACAUUUCGCUGCCAACCCACUAGAUCUAUCAUAUCUUCGUCACGAUACGCCUUUACACCCAGCAAGACAACAAACUCAUCUUAAACACGUACCCAAUUACCUUAUGCCUAAAAUUGCUGCACUUCCUACAGGCGGAGGUGACGUAAUGGACGGUGCUCGUAUCAGUUACUCAAAGCGUGGAAGAGGUGGAUUUAGGGGCAGAGGCGGUAAGACAGGUGGUGGAAGAGGGGGCAAGAAAGUCGAUCCCUUGAAAUUCAAGUAA